AUGGGACAACGCCAGAAAGCCAAGGCCGCUGCACGCGUUGCUGCAGCAGCCAAUUCGCGCUCACCGUCUCCUAAACUUGGGUCCGAUGGUCCUGAAAAAUUUGUCGUUCCAGAGUUGUCGGUCAAGGACUGUCUGAGCGUAAUUCCACCGCACUGCUUUGAACGAUCGGCGCUUCGCUCGUUCUCUUAUGUUGCAAUGGAUUUGCUCUCUUGGGCGCUUUCCACCACACAGCCUCUUCCUAAGAACUUGCAACCUAUAGCCCAGAGUCUUUCACCGCACUUGUAUUCGUUUGCACGAUUUGCUGGUUGGCAGGUUUACGCUCUUGGUGCGGGGCUUGUAGGAACUGGUCUAUGGAUCAUCGCCCACGAAUGUGGGCACCAAGCCUUUAGCACUUCUAAAACACUCAACAACGCGCCACGCGAGGCAUCAUGCCGCCACGAGCCACUGCACACGGGACGAAGCGUAUGUUCCAAGAACCAGAAGCCAGAAGGCCUUCCUCCUUUGGACCCUGCGAAGGAAGAUCUCGCCGGCGGAAGAGUUGACGAGAAAGUACAAGAGGAGUUGGUAGAUGCCUUGGGUGAUUCUCCUCUUGGGGCGGCUCUAGGAGUUUUCGCAUUGCUCCUAUUCGGAUGGCCUUUAUAUCUCAUUAUGAACAUUUCUGGCCAAAAGCAUUAUCCCGCGUGGACUAAUCAUUUCGUGCCCAAAGCCCCCCUUUUCCAACCACACCAAUAUUCUCAAAUCCUUUUCUCAGAUUUCGGUAUCUUUUUGUGGCUCGGUACACUCAUCUGGUGGUCGAUGCAACGUGGGUUCGCGGAGAUGUUCAGGGUCUACUUUGUCCCUUAUUUGUGGGUUAACCACUGGCUAAUUUUGAUUACGUUCCUUCAACACACGGAUCCUUUACUCCCUCAUUAUCGCCAGUCUGCGUUCACGUUCACCCGUGGUGCGCUCUCCACAAUGGACAGGAAUCUCCUAGGUGGAGAGGGGUUCAUCGCAUCUAUUACUGGAUGGCUAGGCGCCACACUUACUCACGGGAUCAGUGAGACGCAUGUUUUGCACCAUGUGUGCAGUAAAAUCCCCACUAUCAUGCCCUCGCGUCAUUUGAAGGCCCGCCUCGCUCGGGCUGGAUACAGUCAUGAAGGCCGACCAGGCACAUGGGGUGAAGUUUACAGAGUUUGGAAAGAGUGCCGAUUCAUUGAAGACGAGGGUGAUGUUGUAUUUUAUAAAAACGCCCGAGGACUCGCCGCUCGUCAAGCCGUGUUUGCUAACGAAGGGAUGAGUGACUCGGGGGUUGAUGUGAAGGAACAGAGUGAAUAG